UUCUUGGUCCUGGAAGAUCAGAGAGACAACUGGCUUUGUCAGUGAACUUGAGUCCAGAGCAGAAAGGCUGCUUCAUUCACCCUCGUCAUUGUCACUGCCUCCGUCAGCGGUUUCAGCCUCUACAUGCACCACGUCACAUGAAUGAAGGGCGAGAGUGGUGUAAUGCCAGAAUGACCAUGCCAGCGUUCAACUUGGUGAAUUUCCCCUAGCGUAUGCAUCUAGUUGCCACUUCUUAUUUCAACAGCACUGUCAAAACCGAGGAGGCCUACCCUUCAGAGCUCCUUUCAGAGAUAGAUAAGGUGACCACUCCUGUAGAGCUUCCUGCAGAGACUGAUGAGGCAGCCUCCACUGCAGAGCUCCCUCAAGAGGUUGAUGAUGUAACCUCCACUGCAGAACUCCCCCCAGAUGGUGAAAGGCAACCUUAAACAGAACUCCCUCCCCUGCAGAGCUCCCUCCAGAGGCUGAUGAACCAGGCUUCCGUGCAGAGCUUCCUCCAGAGGCCAACAAGGUGGCCAAGCCUGCAGAGCUUCCUCAAGAGACAGAAGAGUUGGCCGGAGCUUUUUCCAGAGGCAGACAUGGCAGCUGACCCUGCAGAGCUCUCUCCAAAGGCAGAUGAGGAAGCCUCCUCCACAGAGCUUUCUUCAGAGAAAGACGACGCAGCUGACCCUGCAGAGCUUUCUCCAGAAGCUGAUGAGGCAGCCGACCCUGCAGAGCUCCCUCCAGAAUCAGAUGAGUCAGCCUCUACUGCAGUGCUCCCUUCAGAAUCAGAUGAGUCAGCCUCUACUGCAGAGCUCCCUUCAGAGGCUAACAAGCCUUUCUUCCCUGCAGAGCUCCUUCCAGAUAUGAAUAAGGUGGUAUCUCCAGUAAAGUUUCAGUCAGAGGCUGAUAGGGCAACCUCUUUAGCAGACCUCAUUUCUUCUCAUGUCCUGAUUAUGUCUGAGGCCAAAGGUACAGCCUCCCACAUCCUGCUCAUGGCCAUGGACAAAGGCAUAGCCUCCUAUGACAUGCUAAUGCUUGUGAUCUGCUCCCCAGCUCCUCUGGAGCCAGCAGACUGGACAAAUAGUGCCUAUGGAACCUUGGGUAUUGUUCAGAUAUUUAACCCACAGAUACCACCAUGGGAAGCAUUGAAAAGUGCUACAGGAACAGCACCCUUUAGGGGGAUCUGUUAAUUUCCUAAGGUGCACUUUUCCAUUUUGUCAUAUAUCUGUUUAUGUUGCCAUAUGUGUUAUGCUUUGGUUCCUGUCCUGACUCCUCCACCGUAUAGUCAUUAUUGUCACCCUCAUAUAUCGAGCACAUCACCAGAGUAAAUACAGAGGAUUUACCAGAAGACCAACUAUAGUUGCCCCAAGCCUCAAAAACAGGAAGACCAGAAUUCAAUUUGCCAAAAUGAUCUAAAAAAAAACAUGUACAGUUCUGGAACAAGAUAUUAUGGACAGUUCAACUUAUACCAGAAUGAUGGAAGCAUGGAGAACAUGUCAUGAUUUGAAGGAUACCACCUCAUCUUAUGGUAUGGGCAUGUAUGUGUGCCAGUAGAAUUAGCUCCCUUAUAUUUUUUGAUGACAUGACUGAUGACAAAAUCAGCAGCAUGAAUUCUGAAGUGGAAAAGGCUAUAUUAUCUGUUUAGAUUCAGCCUAAUGCUUUCAUUGUCAUUGUAUAGCUCUUGACAGUGCAGAUGGACAAAGACUUGAAACAUAACUCAAAAUCAAGGCUUUUUUUAAAGGCAAAGAUGUGAAAUGUUAUGCAUGUCACCUGAUUUGAAUCAAACUAAAUCUAAGCACAAACAUGAUGUUGAAGAGAACUUCAGGCCUUCAGUAAAGGCCUGGCUGAGCAUCACCCAUGAAGAAAUUCAGUGUCAAAUUAAAGCCAAAUGUCUCCAUGUUGGCAAUUUAUUUUUAAAGCUAAAAUAUGAGUGGUCUAGUUUAUAUUAUAUUUAUAUUAUUUAUAUAUUUUGGAAAUACUGAAUUAAAAAUCAUAGACAACAAAAUUCAAAGAGGUCUGAAAAUUAGAUAAUUAAGUAGUGUAUUAUUAUUUAUUAUGCAGUAGAGAUAGAAAGUAGAGUUAGAGCUAAUUUUGCCAUCAUUGAGAAUAAUAAUCAAUAGAGCAUUCCAUGGUAAAUAAAAAUGAUAGUAUCCUGCAAAAUACUUUUUAUUAACAGGCCAUUUUAUCCUACUUUUACAUAAUAUUUAUUUUUUUAUCAAAUACUACAUUUUGAGGAGACCACUGAUGGUUUUGGACAGAGUGUUUAGUUUUGCUUACAAUGAAAUGUUUGAGAACAAAAUUUCUGUAAUGAGUUUGAAAAAUUGAGAAAUUAUAUAGAUGCAAAUUUCACAUUAUUAUUGUGUGAGCCUGUA